AUGCCAAAAAACUUUGCACUGCCCUCUGCGCUUGAACCAUACAAGGGGUUCCGAGAUCCCCGAGCCCACGUGAAGAAGUUCCAAUCCAUGAUUUUCUUCAACGGUGCUAACAAUGAGCCCGUCCUCUGCCGAGUAUUUCCUACUUACCUCGAUGGUGCUGCAUUACUCUGGUUUUCUAAGCUGUCUGCAGGUUUAAUCUCCUCCUUUGAGGAUCUAGCCAGGUCAUUUAUCGAUUACUUUGCUGCGUCAAGAAUAUAUGUACAUGGAUCAGAUUAUCUUGGCACCAUUAAGCAAGGUCAGCAUGAGAGCUUGAAGGACUACAUGACCAGGUUCGCUGAGGCCACUAUGGAGAUCCAAGACUUGGAUCUGGCUGUCCACUUGCAUGCUCUCAAAGCUGGCCUCAGACCUGGCAAAUUCUGGGAGACUAUUGCGAUAACCAAGCCAAAAACACUGGAAGAGUUCCGAGAAAGGGCCGCAGGUCACAUGGAGAUUGAGGAGCUCCGCGAGGCCCAAAAGUCGGAUAAACAGCCACAUCGAAGAGAUGAGGAAAAAGCUCUCAGAUCACCAAGCAAUAGAGACACAAAGAAACUUUUCAAGCUCACACCAAAAUACAAUACGUACACCAUAUUCAACACCAAAAGAGAAAACAUCAUCAAAGAAAUCCUGAAUGCCAAAAUCGUGAAGCCACAAGCUCGAGCAGGGAACUACCAAGACCAAAGGUUCGUGGAUAGAAACAAGCAUUGCGCCUUCCACCAGAAGUUCGGCCAUACCACGGACGACUGUAUCAUUGCAAAGGACCUGCUCGAAAGAUUAGCACGCCAAGGGCUCCUAGACAAAUAUGUCAAAGGUCGAAAAGCCAGAGGGACAAACUCGGACAAGAACGAACACAAACAAGCAGUGACAGAUAAGAAAGAACAGACAACUCCUGAUCUACCAAAAGGAAUCAUCAGCCACAUAUCAGGAGGAUACGCAGGUGGAGGUGAAACGAACUCGGCCAGAAAACGGAGCUAUAGGGCAAUGCUGGCAAUCGAGGGAACAUUGUAG